AUGACUCAGUACAACCAUUCAGCACAGUUCUCUCUCCAGAGCUCAGCAAAUAAAUCAUUAAAUGUCACCGAAGCACCUCUGCCCUGGGAUGAAAGGACUCUCCUAGGGCUGAAGAUUUCACUGUCAAUCCUUCUGGCUGUUAUAACUUUGGCAACAAUCCUUGCAAAUGUUUUUGUUGUCAUUACAAUUUUGCUGACUAGAAAGCUCCACACACCUGCAAAUUACCUCAUUGGCUCCUUGGCAGUGACUGAUCUUUUGGUGUCUGUGCUGGUGAUGCCUGUCAGCAUCGCUUACACUGUCACCCACACGUGGGCCUUUGGCCAGCUGCUGUGUGACAUCUGGCUGUCCUCAGACAUCACCUGCUGCACAGCCUCCAUCCUGCACCUCUGUGUCAUUGCCCUGGACAGGUACUGGGCUAUCACAGAUGCUCUGGAAUAUUCCAAGCGCCGCACUGCUGGCCGAGCAGCGCUCAUGAUUGCUGUGGUGUGGAUGAUAUCCAUCAGUAUCUCUGUGCCACCGUUUUUCUGGAGGCAAGUGAAAGCUCAUGAAGAAAUUGCAAAGUGUGCUGUAAACACAGAGCAAAUUUCCUACACGAUUUAUUCGACUUGUGGAGCUUUCUACAUCCCGACUGUGCUCCUGCUGAUUUUGUAUGGGAGAAUUUAUGUCGCAGCUCGAGAUAGGAUUCUGAAGCCACCCUCAUUAUAUGGGAAACGUUUUACUACUGCACACCUGAUCACUGGCUCUGCAGGCUCUUCCCUCUGCUCCAUUAAUGCUAGCCUCCAUGAAGGGCAUUCCCAUUCAGGUGCAUCCCCAAUAUUUCUGGGUCCUGUUAAAAUAAAACUUGCAGAUAGUGUGCUGGAAAGGAAAAGAAUUUCUGCUGCAAGAGAAAGGAAAGCUACCAAAACUUUAGGCAUUAUUCUGGGAGCUUUCAUUUUCUGUUGGCUGCCUUUUUUUGUCAUAUCACUAGUCCUACCAAUCUGCCAAGAUGCCUGUUGGUUUCAUCCCAUCCUCCUGGACUUUUUUACCUGGUUGGGUUACCUAAAUUCAUUAAUCAAUCCAGUCAUUUAUACAGCUUUUAAUGAAGAAUUUAAACAGGCUUUCCAAAAACUAAUACUUUUCAAAAAGUGUUCCUCUUGA